AUGGAACGUCUUACGACAUGUCCGAUUUGUUUGGAUAAAUUUCGUACACCAAAAGUUUUACCAUGUAUGCAUACAUUUUGUUUAACACCUUGUUUAACAAAUCUUGUUGAUCCACGAGCACGUUCAUUACGUUGUCCUGAAUGCCGUCGAGAAAAUCCUAUACCAGCAAAUGGUGUUCAAGGAUAUCCUUCGAAUUUAACUAUGAUUGGAUUUCUUGAUCUUCAACCAUCAACUUCAAGUCAACCUGAUCGUUGUUUUGUAUGUAAAGAACAAAAACAAGCUAUUGUUAAAUGUCAUGAUUGCUCAAAAUAUAUUUGUUCUGAUUGUCGUGAAGCACAUUUACGUGAAGCAUGUUAUAACAUAAGUUCACUUGUUAGUCAACUUCGUCGUACAUUACCAAAAUUAAGUGAUAAAAUAGCUUCCUAUGAACAACGAGUGAAUACUGUUAAAACUAGUCAUGAACAAAUUCAACGAGAAAUUGCAUCAGCUAUAGCAACAUUAAUUGAAGAAUUAAAACAUCGUGAAACAGUAUUAUUUACUGAAGCUGAAGUUUAUAUGCAAUCACAAUUGAGGAUGUUUCGUUUACAACAAGAGAAUGCCGAAAUUGAAUUAGCAAGUGUCGUAAGUUUUUGUGAAUCAGUUGGAACAUCUCUUUCAAAUGAACAAACAAUCAAUGAUGUUGAUUUAGCAAAUAUGCGUUCACAAUGUAAUCGUUAUUCCGAACAAAUAAAUACAUUAGAAACUCAAAUGCCAACUGAUGUUCAAAAGUUACGAUUUACAUUUGAAAAUCAAUCAGCAAUAUCAGCAUCUAUACAAGAUAUUGGUCGUUUAAUUGAUAUCAAUGCACAGAAUGCAAGAAAUCAACCAAGAUCACCUUCAAGUGGAAAUUCCCAUCCUCCUGCACAUUAUGUAACAACAACAUCACAUUCCAUGUAUGGUCAAGAACAAUCACAACAAUCACAACAGGAUCAAUUUCGACAUUUAGAAAAUUUGUACUAUUCUCGUAUUCCACCAACAUCACGAGCGCAUUUACCAAGUCAAACACAUUCUUAUCGUCCACCACAAAAUCAUUUUUCCGGAAGUUUUGAUAAUCCAUUUGUUGAUCUUAAUUUAACAGUACCAGCUCGUACUUCAACAUCAUCUUAUGUAGCAUCAUGGCAUCCACAAGCAAAUCGUCGUGGUUCAUCUAUAUUUGGAAAUAAUCCAUUUGUAGCUACUCAUUCUCGACCUCCAGCACCACCACCAGCAGUAUCUGAAUCACCAUCACGUCGAAAUCAUGUAACGAGUACGACUACAGGUCGAACACUUGAAGGUGAUGAUCGUCCAAUUCUUGGUGGUGCUGGUAGAGGUCGAGGUAGAGAACGAGCUGCUGCUCCUGUACCUAUUCAAGAACAAGAACCACAACCACCAUCAACAGUUGAUCGACCACGACGUAACACAUUUGUAUUAGAUGAAGCCAGUUUACCUAAUCUACCACAAUCGGGUGCUCAAAGACCUCGUGAUCCUGUGAAUGUCCAAGAAUUAUAUAAUGUCAGAGCAAGAGAUCGUGCUCAAACACCUGUUGCUUUUACUAUAAAUAUGAAUGAAGCAUCACAACCAUCCGGUGAUGAUACUUAA